AUGGAUAAUUCAAGUAAACAAGCAAUUGAUGAGUGCAUGGUGAAAUUUAAAGGAAGAUCGACUUUAAAGCAGUAUAUGCCGAAGAAGCCAAUCAAACGUGGUUUCAAGAUCUGGGCACGUUGCGAUUCUAAAACCGGCUACCUGUACCAGUUUGAAAUUUAUACAGGCAAAGGGGACAGUAUGGAAGACGAGGGACUGGGAUACAAUGUAGUUAUAAAGCUAUCAACCGGCCUGCCUGAAAAUACUAUGCUAGCGUUUGACAACUUUUUCACCAGCUGCAACUUAAUGGACGCUUUGUACCAAAAAAAUAUAUUUGCUGUUGGCACGGUUAGAGUAAACAGAAAAGAUCUCCCGGAAAUUAUGAAAAGGUCUCAACCAAAACAUCUAAGACUUGAAAAAGGUCAAUUUGCAGCUGUAACUGCUGAACCAAUUACAGCAAUCAAGUGGCUUGAUACAAGGGAUGUUACUAUUCUUACAACAGCCCACCAUCCAACUGACACAGUAUUUGUAAAGAGAACUCAGAAAGAUGGUACCAAAAAAGAAGUUCUCAUCCCUAAAGCUAUCGCUCAGUAUACACUCACCAUGGGAGGCGUCGAUCAUUUUGAUCAUUUCAGAUCGUCAUAUCCGAUUAGCAGAAAAUGCAGAAAAUUCUGGAUGACUGUUUUUCUUUAUGUUUGA